CUCUCUCUCUCUCUCUCCCCCUAGAACUCAAACCGCCGCCUCCUACGCCGUCCUCUCUCUACGCUGGAAAAUGCAAACGCUCUUAAUUGCCUCCGAAGAAUCCCAUAUUAUUCUUCGACUCUUGAACUUCAGUGCACAAACCGUAGAUUACGUCAAGGACGGUAUUGGGCAGAUUUUUGCUGAAUAUUUUUGUUGCAAAUCCAACCUUGAUUUAGUCAAUAAAAGGCACGAUGGGUUACUGCCUUGUACUCUUGAAGAUAUCAUUGCAGCUGUUGGUAAUCAAUACCAGCAAAAAACCAAAGAUUGGUUUCCACAGAACAAGGGUCAUGACGAUAAAAGAGAUCCACGUGCAGUUUUCAAUGUGUUGGAUUCAAUGCUGAAGGGUAGCUUGGAGCGGUUGAAAACAAUGAGGGAAAGCAUGUCAUGGUUACAUGUAGGCCUUAGUGACUGCAAUGUGGAAGCUGAUUACAUUCAACAUGUAGCCACUAUUAGGACAUUGUGCUUAGAAGGUAAGUUGGGAGCUGCCCUGUGGCUUCGGAGCAAAAUGAUGCAGAAAUGUGUUAUUCCUGACGUGCUUACGCAUAAUUACCUUGUAAAUGGACUUUGCAAAUCUGGUGAUUUGGAGAAGGCAAAUUGGAUUGUUAGAGAAAUGUUAUACUGGGGCCCCUCUCCCAAUUGUGCUACCUACAACACUUUAAUGAAGGGUUAUUGCCUUGUUGAUAAGGUGGAUAAAGCUUUCAGUAUUUUCUCUACCAUGACUAAUUCUGACAUCAUGCCAAAUAGAGUUAGUUGUAACAUUCUUGUACAUGCACUUUGCAAGAAAGGUCUACCAGAUGAUGCGAGGAAGAUUCUUGCAGAAAUAUUAGAUGAAAAUUGUGACAGUGAUACCUCAAAAUUAAUCACCUCAACUAUACUUAUGGAUGGUUAUUUUAAGAAUGGAGACAUGGUUCAGGCACUCAAUCUCUGGAAUGAGAUGUCUCAAAGGGGUACUCAAAUAGAUGUUGUUGCUUAUAAUGUUAUUAUCCAUGGAUUUUGUUUAAGUGGAAAUAUGAUCCUUGCAUAUAAAUACUUGUGUGAAAUGUUUAAAAGUGGCUUGCAUCCCGAUGUUUUCACUUACAAUACUCUUAUAAGUGGGCUUUGUAAAGAAGGAAAGACUGAUGAGGCUUGCUAUAUCCAUGGUGUUAUGUCAAGAAUGGGUGUUGCUCCAGAUCAUAUAUCAUACAAAUUGAUCAUUCAAGGCCUGUGUAUUCAAGGAGAUGUAGUUAAAGCUAAUGAGUUUCUUCAUUGUAUGUUAGAAAAUUCAAUUGUACCUGAGCCUCUCAUUUGGAAUGUCAUAAUUGAUGGCUACGGUAGACGCGGAUAUGUACAAAAUUCUUUCACAAUUAGAGACCAGAUGGUGGCAUUUGGUUUUUUCCCGGAUACAUUUACUUAUAAUGCGUUAAUUCACGCGCAAAUAAGAGGAGGAAACAUAAUUGAGGCUCAUUCUCUAAAGAAAGAGAUGCUCUUAAAUGGUAUUUCCCCUGAUUUGGUUACUUAUAAUCUGUUGGUAGGUGCUACUUGUAAUUUUGAACACAUUCAGCCUGCACUCCGAUUACAUGAUGAAAUGCUGAGGAGUGGUUGUCAUCCGGACAUAAUAACUUACACCGAACUAAUUAAAGGUUAUUGUGUGAGAGGUAAAAUAAAGGAGGCAGAAGAACUUCUUGUCAAGAUGCAGAGGUCUGGUUUACCAGUUGAUCAUGUACCAUUCCAAAUACUUAUGAAAAAAUACUGCAAGAUGGGAGAGCUUGACAAGGCAUUUGACCUUUAUCAAAAAUGGUUAAGAAGGGACAAAUGAAUAUCCCUUCAUUACCAAACUUUUUUAAUGCAUAGACACUGAGGAUAUGCUAUUUCUGGAAAGCAUGGCUCCAUUAUGGCACGUGAGUUCAUUCUUUUAUCUACGUGGCUCUCUCAGUUCAGGUUUGGUUAGGCUCAUUAUUUUAGCUGGUCACUUGGAAAACAAGGUCAUCUUUUGUUUGAAGAAAGGUCACUUAUAACACCUUGUUUCACUGAGAUUUGGAUGGCGACACAAGAUGCCUCUUAUUAAUCAAUGGCUGAAUCAGUUCUCGAGCUUGCUGCACAUGACCUGAAUUUCUCAGACUUAUGGUGGUGGCAGCUUUCUGCCUGUUGUAGCUGUUGUCUUCAUUUGAUCCUUC